UAUAGCUAGUUAGUAGAAGGAUUCCUAGUUGGUUAUACUAUACUAUACUAUACUAUACUAUACUAUACUAUACUAUACUAUACUACAGCUGUAACCUACCUAGGUAUUUCUGGGGGCUUAUAGCAUGACAUAGCAAGCAUAGCAAGCAUAGCAUAGCAUGGAAUAUACCACACUAGCAAGAGGGACCUUGUCUGUCUAGCUUCCUUGCGCUAGUUUCGGUAUCGUUCGUAAUUAUGGAAUCCUUCCACUUGCUCACCGCAAGCCCGCCGCCGCACUAUCACCACCACCACCUCCACCACCACUACCGCCCGCCCGCGCUACCCUACCCUACGCCACGCCAACCACGUGUACGUGCUCCGUCCUCGGAACCGGGGACCAACGGACCGACUACCAAAAGCGUGCUGGAUUUCCCGCCUGACCGCGUGUUUUACUUAUGUACUAUCUCCCACCUCCUACCCAUCUUCUCCGCCUCGGUACACGUGUCUAUCCAGCUCCAUAUAUACCCAACUUACAUAUGUACCUUAGGUAUGUAUGUAUGUAUGUAUGUUGGUAUGUAUGUAUGUAUGUAUGUAUGUAUGUCACUACACACCACAUACACAUACACAUACACAUACACAUACACCCUAAACUAAACUAAGCCCAGCCCAGCCAAGCCCCAAACGUGCCGGCCACCAGGG